GCCCUUCCCUCCCUCCCUCCCUCCCUCCCUCAGCCACUCUCUCGGCGUCUAACUUUUCAUCCCUUCUUUCUCGAGUCCCUUCUCUGUUGUUGCCUUUCUUUCACGUUUUUCGUUUCGCCUGCGUUCCAAUCUCAGAUACCACUGCCGCCGCCACCGUAAACCACCGCCGCCGCCAGAUUGGGACUCAUGCCAAUGCUUCUGCUUCUGAUCUAAAGUCACAAGAUUCAUGUGGUUUAGCCUCUGUUGUAGUCUGUGAAGAUAAAGAUUUGUAUCGAUCACAAUGGUGUACUGCAGUCACUGUGCCAAAAAUGUCGCUGGCGAGCGACUAGAUGAUGGUUUCUUAUGUUGUGGAAGCUGUGGGAGGGUGUUGGAAGAUUACUUUUUUGCCGAGGAGCCUUCAUUUGUUAAGAAUGCAGCGGGGCAGAGUAAAUUAUCAGGCAAUUAUGUAAGAACAGUUCAAAGUGAGUACUCUGAAUCACGUCAAAGGACUUUAGAUAGAGCUUAUGAUGAAAUUAAAUAUUUAAGUUUCGGCCUUGGAGUUAAUGAUGAACAUAUGGCUGAACAAGCUUUGACCUUUUAUAAAAUAGCGCUUGAGCGAAAUUUCACCCGUGGACGUAAAUCAGAACAAGUACAUGCUGCUUGUCUCUACAUUGCAUUCCGGCACAACAAUAAACCAUACCUUCUUAUUGAUUUUUCAAAUUAUUUAAGGACAGAUGUUUAUGUGCUAGGAGCAGUUUUCUUGCAGCUUUGUCAAGUGUUAAGGCUUGGAGAGCACCCAAUUGUUCAAAAGCCUGUUGAUCCAAGUCUUUUUAUUCAUAGAUAUACCAAGAAUUUGUUAAAGCGAGGGAGUAAGGCUGUUUCGGAUACUGCACUGGCCAUUGUUGCAAGCAUGAAACGUGACUGGAUGCAGACAGGGAGGAAACCUAGCGGACUAUGCGGUGCAGCAUUAUACAUAUCUGCUCUUGCUCAUGGUAUUAAGUGCUCUAAGCCGGAUAUUCUUAAAAUUGUCCAUGUAUGUGAAGCAACAUUAACCAAACGAUUGGUAGAAUUUGAGGAUACAGAGUCUUCUAGCUUGACAGUUGAGGAGUUGAAUACAAUGGCAAAAGAGCAUGAAAAAAAUCCAACGAUAAUGCCAGAAGGUGGAUUAAAAGGAUGUAUUUCAAAAGAUCUACUGUGUGAGCACAAGGAGGAUAGUGGGGUGACCCAUUUUGCACUUGGAUUAUGUGAAGCAUGCUAUAAGGAUUUUGAUAAGCUCUCUGGUGGACUUGGUGGUGGUUUGGAUCCUCCUGCGUUCCAGCGUGCUGAGAGGGAAAGACUUAAAAAAACACUUCCAGAGGAGAGUGUCGAUGAAGCAUGUGCUUUGGCGAAUGCAUCAAAUGAUCAGUUUAAGAGCCACAAAGAAGAUUUGCCUGCCUAUGUGCCAGAAAGUAUUGGGGCUAAUGUUGAGCAUGAGGCCACUAAAGAUGGUAAAUAUGAUGAUUCACAUAGAGAAGAUGAAUCAGAAACUUUAUCUGAUAUUGAUGAUGAAGAAGUUGAUUUGUACAUUCAUGAUGAGGAGGGGAAGCAUAUCAAGAAGAUACUGUGGGAAACAGCAAAUAGGGAGUAUCUUGAGGAGCAGGCAGCCAAGGAAGCAGCUGCAGCAGCUAACAAGAAAGCUUUUGAGGCAAAAUUUGAAAACUGUUCGGAGGAUAUACUAGCGGCAAGAGAGCUUGCUGCAUCUUCUAUUGAAGCUGUGGCAAAAUCCAGAAAGGAAAUGAGACAGAAACGAGCCUAUGAGGCAAAAAAUACAAGGCCAGCUCAAUCUGCUGCAGAGGCCUUUGGCCAAAUGUCUAAUAAAAAAAGGAAUUUGCAGGGUCUCAAAUCUAAAGUCAAUUUUGAACUCCUGAAUGAAUUGUUUGAUGAAAUGGAUACGCAGGAAAAUACCGAUGGUCUCAAGAUACAGAAGAAAGUACGAUUUGAUUCGCCCCUAGAUAAACAUGACAAUUUACCGUCCAAGAUUGAGAACAAAAAUGAAGAUGAGAUGGGAUCAGUGGAUGAAUUCGAAGAUGAAGGUGAUAUGGGGGAGAUGUAUCAAAAUACUGAAAAUAUGGCUGAUAAAUAUUUCCCUGAGGAUGACGGUUUCAGCUAUAAUGACUAUAAUGAUUAUUACUGAAAUGUUGCUAGAUGAUCUUUCUGCUUUUAUUAUCUGAUUUUUUUAGCAACUCAUACUAAACAUGGCUGGCAGCAGUGGAAACGAAGAGAUUGUCAGAGAGACUCAGAAAUCUUUGGAAGCUAAGUUGCAAUCUGAUAAGCUAGUAUUCACUACAUGAGCUUUUCCUCCUCUUUUUUAAUGAUUCCACAUGCUUUAUAGAGAGCUUGGGAAUUAUUGUACCUGGAAAUUGUUAGGUAGGUAUUACCAGCCAUCAUUCUGCUUAACACAGAAUAGGGGUUAGAUUAUGUGUUUCAUUUUAAAUUAUACUUUUUACUAAAUAUGACAAACAGUUAAAUUGAUUAUUUAUGCUGAGUUUGUGUAGAAAUUCUCGCUA